AUGGCCGCAAGCUUUACGCUGAAGCAAGUCCCUCUGGGUCUUCUACGACGCCAAAACCCAGUCAAUUCCAUCACAAGACGCUUCGCCUCAACCCUCACCCAAACCCAAGCCGGCUACCCUCUCUACCCAUCCGUCAGCCAACUCCUCCUCCUAAAGGGCAUCCCAGACUCUGAAAUCUUCAAAAUCCCCGCCACAGGACCCAAGGGCCGUCUGCUCAAGGGCGAUGUUCUCGCAUACAUCGGCGAAGUGCCCACUGGCUAUCCGGCUGAGGAAGCAGCGCGCAUCGAGAAGAUGGGACAUCUAGAUCUUAGCAAUAUCAAGAUUGCUCCUCCGCCGGCACCACCUGCACCUGCCGCAGCUGCUCCAGAGGAAAUUCUUCCAGAGUUGCCGUCAGAUAUUUCGAUUGCCGUGUCGAUUUCGUUGGAAUCGGUCUUGUCGACUCAGAAACGUAUUAAGGAUACCAUUGGCGUCACCGUGCCAUUAUCAACAUUCAUUGCGCGAGCUACUGAAGUCGCAAACGAUGAUCUCCCGCGCUCAGCGGCCGAGGCGCCAUCAGCAAGUGAACUCUUCGACGAAUUGCUGGGUGCUACGCCCAUCAAGUUUACGCGCGGAAACUACAUGCCGGAAAUCAAUACUGUGCCUCUCGACGAGUUUGAGAGUAUCGAUGAAGACCUGGUGUCAGCUAGCCAGGAUGUUGAUAUUAUUGAUAUCUUGUCGGGCAAUGUUUCCCCCAGCUACAAAUCGAGUUAUGUUGAGCCUACGGCCCCCACCGCUUCUGCGCUCAAUGUAUUCAGUCUCACCGUCCCCGUUGGCGAGGAGAGGAGGGCAAAGAUGUUUUUGGAUCGGUUGAAUACUGUUUUGACUGUUGAUCCUGGUCGAUUGGUUUUUUGA